GUGGGCGCUGGAGCCCCCUUAAAGCCUCCUGGCCCAAAGAGCCUUUCCCAGACCCCGCGGCUCCCCGCGCACCCGGCAGCUCCGGCGCUCAGAGAACCAGGGAUGUCAGACACAGAGGAGGUCACCGAGGAGUAUGAGCAAGAGCAGGAAGAGGAGUGCGUGGAGGAAGAAGAGGAAGAAUGGAUAGAGGAAGACAACGGUCAGGAGGAGCAGGUAGAGGAGGUGGAGGAGGAGACCACAGAAGCCAAGGCAGAAGAACAAGAAGAUGAAACGAAAGCAGCAGGAGAAGGUGGAGAGGGAGAGCGAGAGCAGGAGCCCGGGGAAGGUGAAUCGAAGCCAAAACCCAAGGUCUUCAUGCCCAACCUGGUGCCCCCCAAGAUCCCAGAUGGCGAGAGACUGGAUUUUGACGACAUUCACCGCAAGCGCAUGGAGAAGGACCUGAAUGAGUUGCAGGCCCUCAUCGAAGCCCACUUUGAGAGCAGGAAGAAGGAGGAAGAGGAGCUCCUCUCCCUCAAGGACAGGAUUGAGCAGCGGCGAGCGGAGCGGGCGGAGCAGCAGAGGAUCCGCAGCGAGCGGGAGAAGGAGCGCCAGGCUCGCAUGGCCGAGGAAAGAGCUCGCAAGGAGGAAGAGGAGGCGCGGAAGAGGGCGGAGGAGGAGGCGCGGAAGAAGAAGGCAUUCUCCAACAUGCUGCACUUUGGGGGAUACAUGCAGAAGUCAGAGAAGAAGGGUGGGAAGAAGCAAACAGAGCGGGAAAAGAAGAAGAAGAUCCUCAGUGAGCGACGGAAGCCCCUGAACAUUGACCACCUCAGCGAGGACAAGCUGAGGGACAAGGCCAAGGAGCUGUGGCAGAACAUCCAUGACCUGGAGGCUGAGAAAUUUGACCUGCAGGAGAAGUUCAAGCGGCAGAAAUACGAGAUCAAUGUUCUUCGAAACCGCAUCAGUGACCACCAGAAGGUAUCCAAGGGUGCCCGUGGGAAGACCAUGGUGGGCAGCCGAAGGAAGUAGAGGCUCAGGGAGAGCAGAGGCUGAGCCUCAGAAGCUGCAGUGGCUGCACAGAGCCCUGGCUGCAGGAGUGGGGGUUCCGGGGGGCAGAGGCCUCAGGAGUGUCCCAUCUCCACCCCCCAGUGUUGUUGUGUCUGUAAAUAAAGAGGUG